GGCAUCACAAUAUUGCUACUUGUUCAUAGUCAUCUUGCUGUUUGAAUAGGCAAGGAGCGAUCAAGCAGCUGUAUACUGUCCAUUAUUUAUCUGAUCAAAGGAAAUGUCUAAGGUGACAUUUAAGGUCACGUUGACAUCAGAUCCUAAGCUGCCAUACCGAGUGUUCAGUGUCCCUGAAGAAGCGCCGUUUACAGCUGUGCUCAAAUUCUCAGCAGAGGAGUUCAAGGUGCCUGCACAAACAAGCGCAAUCAUCACAAACGAUGGCGUUGGAAUCAACCCCUCGCAGACAGCUGGGAAUGUCUUCCUCAAACAUGGAUCAGAGCUGAGGCUCAUUCCCAGGGAUCGCGUCGGUUGCAGCAGCGCAGAUUUGAGCCGUGCUUAAAGCAGGAAUCUGCCGUGGAACCAACACACUGUAUCCAGAAUGCAGUGUGGAGCAAGUCUGUGGGUCAAUCGCAAUGUUUGAUGGCAGCAAGUUGCCAAAUGGGAGAACAUGAGUUUCUCUAUGCUGGAGUUAUUUGCUCUUCAGUAGCUCAACAUCCAUUGGUUUCUGUGAUUAUGAGGAAGUGGUUGGCAAGCUUUGUGCAUUACAUGGCUGUGAUGCUUCGCAUGCAUUGUUUAAAUCAGGAAGUGUAAGGAAUAAUUCAAGC